ACCACAAGCACUACCAACAACACCACCAAAUUACCAUUAUAUCAAAACCUUUGCUUCACAAAGAGUCAUUGUCUCUUCAACUCCUUCAUUUUUCCCUCAUUCAACAACACCAAAGCAAGCUUUGAUUUAGGUCUGUUUAUUAUUCCUUCUUCUAGCUGAGAAAGUGAGAAACUUACUAUGUGGCGUCUUCUGAGUGUGGUGACUAGGAAACUGCAAAACACAAAGAAAAGUUCAUCAAGGGUGGCUGAUGAAAACAUGUUUGAGGCUGCUGCAAACGGAGGAAGAAGGGAGCAUGGUUGGAGUGGAAUCUCUCUUAUAUAUGGCAUUCUUCAUGCUCCCAUAUCAAUUCUCUCAUGUGUGUCUCAUCCUGAAGCAAAUGGGUCCGAUGGGGUUUGGGUUUCUUGUGAAUUUGUUCAGAUUUCUGAAAUGAAUCAUCUUAUGGCUUCAUUCACAUCAUGCAAAGAAAGAGAAGACAUUUAAAAGGGUUUGGCUUUCGGUUCUACAUUUUAUUUUUUGUUGUCUUGGUAAUGGCUUCAUGAAUAAAUGUUGAUCUGUAAAAGAAUAAAUGAACUACAUUAGUUCAUUCAAGUAUUCUUAAAUAUAUAUAUAUAUAUGGCCAACAAAACAAUUCUUAAUAUUGGGGAGUUCUCUUAUAAUGAAUCAUGACAAGUUGAGAGUGUAUGAGAAUUGGUCAAAAGUAAUUAAUCUGAAACCAAAGGAAGAAAUUAAAUAAUCAAUUGGGAUAUAAUUAAGAAUGAAGUGGCAUGGGUAGGUGGAAUUCAACUUGCCUCACUUUAUUUAUUGCAAUUAUGUUUAAAGAACAAUUAAAGGACUCACUUUCUCAA